CUCGAUUGGCAAAUUUUUUUUGGAUUAGUAUAUCUCGAUGUCCAAUCGAUUCCGUUUCCGCAUCAACGUAGAAACAUGCAGGAAACGAGCAAAAAAUCGUCGAAUUAAUCCAUCCAAUAUCCAUCUAUUCAGUUACGUGUCUUCCUCUGACCGUAACAUGGCGUCGAACGCUUGAUAACCAUAGCAUUACAAAGCCAACUAAAAUGGCGACCGUCCAUUUUACUGCGUCAUAGCACCAUGCAGAUAUUCGUGAAGACGUUAACUGGGAAGACCAUAACUCUUGAAGUUGAGGCUUCCGACACCAUCGAGAACGUGAAGGCAAAGAUUCAGGACAAGGAAGGAAUCCCGCCUGAUCAGCAGCGUUUGAUCUUCGCUGGAAAGCAGCUCGAGGACGGCCGCACCCUGUCCGACUACAAUAUCCAGAAGGAAUCCACUCUCCAUUUGGUUCUCCGCCUGCGCGGUGGAAUGCAGAUCUUCGUUAAAACUUUGACAGGAAAGACUAUCACUUUGGAGGUCGAAGCUUCGGACACGAUUGAGAAUGUCAAAGCGAAGAUUCAGGAUAAAGAAGGCAUCCCGCCUGAUCAGCAGCGUUUGAUCUUCGCUGGAAAGCAGCUCGAGGACGGGCGCACCUUGUCAGACUACAAUAUCCAGAAGGAAUCCACUCUCCAUUUGGUUCUCCGACUGCGUGGUGGAAUGCAGAUCUUCGUUAAAACCCUGACAGGAAAGACCAUCACUUUGGAGGUUGAAGCUUCGGACACAAUCGAGAAUGUCAAAGCAAAAAUUCAGGACAAAGAAGGCAUUCCACCGGACCAACAGAGAUUGAUCUUUGCCGGAAAACAGCUCGAGGAUGGUCGCACACUUUCUGACUACAAUAUUCAGAAGGAAUCUACUUUGCAUUUGGUGCUCCGUUUACGUGGUGGUAUGCAAAUUUUCGUCAAGACUUUGACAGGAAAGACCAUCACGUUGGAAGUUGAGGCGUCAGACACGAUCGAGAAUGUCAAAGCCAAAAUUCAAGACAAGGAAGGAAUCCCCCCAGAUCAGCAAAGGUUGAUCUUUGCCGGAAAACAACUCGAGGAUGGUCGCACGCUCUCUGAUUAUAACAUUCAGAAAGAAUCCACAUUGCAUUUAGUUUUGAGACUUCGCGGUGGUAUGCAAAUUUUCGUUAAAACCUUAACAGGAAAAACCAUCACACUGGAGGUUGAGGCAUCUGACACGAUCGAGAACGUCAAAGCCAAAAUUCAGGAUAAGGAAGGAAUCCCCCCAGAUCAGCAGAGAUUGAUCUUCGCCGGUAAACAGCUCGAGGACGGCCGCACGCUUUCUGAUUACAACAUUCAAAAAGAAUCCACGUUGCAUUUGGUUUUGAGACUUCGUGGUGGUAUGCAGAUUUUCGUCAAGACGCUCACGGGUAAAACCAUCACACUGGAGGUUGAGGCUUCGGACACAAUCGAAAAUGUCAAAGCCAAAAUUCAGGACAAGGAAGGUAUCCCCCCAGAUCAGCAGAGAUUGAUCUUCGCCGGUAAACAGCUCGAGGACGGCCGCACACUGUCUGACUACAACAUUCAGAAGGAAUCCACCCUGCAUCUUGUUUUGAGACUUCGCGGAGGUAUGCAGAUUUUCGUCAAAACCUUGACAGGAAAGACCAUCACGUUGGAAGUUGAGGCGUCUGACACGAUCGAAAAUGUGAAGGCGAAAAUUCAGGACAAAGAAGGUAUCCCCCCAGAUCAGCAGAGAUUGAUCUUCGCUGGUAAACAGCUCGAGGACGGCCGCACACUGUCUGACUACAACAUUCAGAAGGAAUCCACCCUGCAUCUGGUUUUGAGGCUUCGUGGAGGUAUGCAGAUUUUCGUCAAAACCUUGACAGGAAAGACCAUCACGUUGGAAGUUGAGGCGUCUGACACGAUCGAAAACGUGAAGGCGAAAAUUCAAGACAAAGAAGGUAUUCCUCCAGAUCAGCAGAGGUUAAUCUUCGCCGGUAAACAGCUCGAGGACGGCCGCACACUUUCUGAUUACAACAUUCAGAAAGAGUCCACGCUUCACCUUGUACUUCGACUUAGAGGCGGAGAUCUGUGAUUCCAUUUUUUUUUUCACUAAAGCAUCAAUUUGUAGUAGUACCAUGCUGAAUUAUCGAUGUGAAUUAUGGAAGUAUCGAUGUGUAUUAUAUUAUUUAAUUUCAUUACGGUAAAUUCUAUUAGUUUAUAAUUUUAUUAAUUCGCACAUGAAAGUCUUGGGGGAGAUCCUUAUGAAUAAAGGAAUUAAUUUUGCAUAGUAUAUAAUUUCUCAUUUUUUAUAACCUUUUUAUGAAAUAAUUUCCUUGAAUAAAAAAUAUCAACAUAACACAGAUCUUGAGUAAAAUACAUUAACAUGACACUGAUAUUUUAUUAUCAAAUUUUCUUUAUUCUAUUUGUACAAAUUGAGUUUGUGUCAAUCCUGUAAUAUCUUCUAGACAGUAUUACAAUAGCAUAUUCGAAAGUGGGUCAUAAGACUUGUAAGACAUCUUUUAUCUUGUUUUUGACAUGAUGUUUCAAAUAUUUAUAAUGAAUUUUUUAUAUAAGUUUUGUGUUUUUCAUCAAAAGCAUAUAAACGAAUAAGUAAAAACUAAUUAUUUAACAAAGUAAUGUAACAUAUAUCGUGCUCUUCUUAUGAUAAACGAUUGAUUGUUUAGAAAUGACUCGUUCCUCGUGAAAGCGACCGAUUUAUAGACAGCGAGUCUCCGAACCCGUGUAUUUUAUAGGAGAGUGGUUGGAGUAUUAGAAAAUUAAAUAAACAUGAAAUGGAAAAUUA